AUGACCGAAGUCGAGUCAACGCAACCUCCGGCGACCGGUGAACCAGAGGCGAUAAUCGACGAUGGCGAGGAAGCUGAGACCAAGGAAAUUAUGCUAAUGAAGCAACGGGUGGAGGAAAUGGAAAAGGAAGCUAUGAAGCUUCGAGAGAUGCAGGCUGAGGCGGAAAAGGUCAAUAACGAUGGCUUGGAUGCUGGCGUUCCGAUGGAAACAGAUGAAGAUAAAGCCGCUGCGGACAGUCGGAGCGUUUAUGUCGGUAAUGUUGAUUACAGUGCCACACCAGAGGAGAUCCAGGGUCAUUUUCAGGCCUGUGGAACUAUAAAUCGAGUUACCAUUCUGUGCGACAAGUUUACAGGACAUCCGAAGGGUUACGCGUACGUGGAGUUUGCCGAGCCAGAACACAUUGAUACUGCUUUAACCAUGGACAACUCUCUAUUCCGCGGCCGUUUGAUCAAGGUUACGGCAAAGCGGACCAAUCUCCCUGGGUUCAACCGAGGGCGUGGUCGGGCCAAGACAGAGGCAAAGGCAAAGGCGUACCCAUUCUCCAAAGCCGCCAUUAUACGUCCUGAACCAACUUCGCAUAUUCCCAAUGCUCUGCGGGAAGGCAAAGGCCUUAUGCCAUACCUCUUCAAAAAUCUUCCUCCUCGGGACAAGCAAAAGAUGCUCCGAACGUUAUUUUCCCGCAAGUCUCCCAGCCAAUUGAAGCCAGGCUCCAUCCUCACCAUCACUAUGGACCAUGCGCCAUCCGUUUUCACGGGCGUGCUGCUCUCGAUACGGCGGCGUGGUCCCGACACUUCCGUUGUUCUACGCAACAUUCUGCAGCGAACGGGUGUGGAUAUGCAGAUAUUCGUCAAUUCGCCGCAUGUGAAGGAGAUAAAGGUUGUGCGAAAACCGCCGAGGGGUAGAAUGAGACGGGCGAAGCUGUUCUAUUUGAGAGAUGCACCCGACAAGAUGAGCAUGAUUGCAGGUGCCAGAAAGUAA